UAUUUGCUCUUAUUAUUUCUUGUCUUAGUAUUAUUUUUCUCUGUGUAAUUUUACGUACACUUAUUUUAUUGUACAGCACUUUGGUCAGUCCUAUAUGGUUGUUUUUAAUGUGCUUAGAAAGUGAACUUGAACUUGAUCUUUGUGGAAUGAAGUUUUUCCGGCUGCACAACUUCUACUCAUCACACUCAAAAUCCUUUAAACCUGAACAACCAGAACGUAUGUUUACUGUUUAGAAUCACAUGGGAUUGGAAUACAUUGUUGAAAACCCGAAUAAGAGUUUGAUCAAUGUAAUCGUUUUUAAGAGUUGCUUAGAAGAAACUUAACCCAAUUUAAUCUCACUUAUUACACAUGUGACUAAACUUUGAGUUUAGAGUUGUUCAUAAAGUUAACUGUUGUAUUUAAACUGAUUUUGACAAAAAUAAAAAUGAAACAGUAAGAAUGAUAGACAGCUAGAUAACCGACAUCAAGUAUCGCGAGAGCAAACUGCUUUGUAUGCUUUUGAAUCGCUCUCGCGGUAUUUUUAUGUCAUUCGCUGAUCGGUCUGCGCAGCGCCGCAUGAAGUCAAACAAAAACAUCAACACAACUCUACCUGUCAGUCACAAAGAAAUACCUGCAUCUUUACCUGUCGCCAUUUUACACUUGGACAAACGCGUUUGUUCAAAAGAAAUCUAUCAAAAUGUCUAUGUAUUGGUUUGUUCGCCUAAUUGUACUUGUUAACUACGACUUUGAGUAGGCUAUCUAAACAUUUUCAUUGAGGGUUAGUUGUAGAGAUCAGAUUGAUUAGAUUCUCCUCUGCAGCUCCAUCAUGGAUCGAACACAGAAAUCAACAGAUAGAGAUUUUUCUCCAGGAGGCAGUUCAGUUCAUCGGAAGAGAUCAGAUCCAGAGUUGAGCUGUGUGUCUAUGAAGAGUAACUGGUCUAUGGAGGCUCCAUUAGAAUUUAAGAGUGAAGAUACAAAGCCUGAUCUUAGUUCAGUUCAUCGGAAGAGAUCAGAUCCAGAGUUGAGCUGCGUGUCUAUGAAGAGUAGCUGGUCUAUGGAGCCGCCAAUAAAGUUUAAGAGUGAAGAGACAAGGCCUGAUCUCAGUUCAGUUCAUCAGAAGAGAUCAGAUACAGAGUUGAGUUCUGUGUCUAUGAAGAGUAGCUGGUCUAUGGAGCCACCAAUAAAGUUUAAAAGUGAAGAUACAAGGCCUGAUCUCAGUUCAGUUCAUCAGAAGAGAUCCGAUCCAGAGUUCAGUUCUGUGUCUAUGAAAAGUAGCUGGUCUAUGGAGCCACCAAUAAAGUUUAAAAGUGAAGAGACAAAGCCUGAUCUCAGACAAAUCAUAAAAGAUCCCAUCAGCCAGAGGAGGAAGUCUGAAAAUCAACUACAUAACUUCAAUAAAAAUGUGUGUCCUGAAUUCAGCCAUGAGUCUGAUCUUGCUAAAGCUCAAAACGCAUUCAGAUCAAAUCUAAGAAAGAAGUUUGAGUGUUUGUAUGAGGUGACAUCAAACGAGAGAAACCCAACGCUACUGAAUGAGAUCUACACAGAGCUCUACAUCACAGAGAGUGAAAGUGGAGAGAUCAGUAAUGAACAUGAGGUCAGACAGAUUGAGACACAAUCCAGAAGAACAACAACAGAGGAGACACCAAUAAAGUGUAAUGACAUCUUUAAACCUUUACCUGAACAAGACAAACACAUCAGAAGUGUGCUGACAAAGGGAGUCGCUGGCAUUGGAAAAACAGUCUCUGUACAGAAGUUCAUUCUGGACUGGGCUGAAGAGAAAGAGAAUCAGGACGUCCACCUCAUAUUUCCACUUCCUUUCAGAGAGAUCAAUUUGAUGAAAGACAAAACCCUCAGUCUUUUAAAUCUUCUUCAUCUUUUCUUCCCAGAAACAAAAGAAAUGGAAAUAUUCAGUGAUAAAUAUAAAGUGUUGUUCAUCUUUGAUGGUUUGGAUGAGUGUCGCUUGUCUCUGGAUUUUCACAGCAGUGUGAGGUUUUGUGAUGUAAGUGAAGCAACCUCAGUGGACGUGAUGCUGACAAACCUCAAGGGGAAUCUCUUUCCCUCUGCUCUCAUCUGGAUCACCUCCAGACCAGCAGCAGCUGAUCUCAUCCCCUCUGAGUGUGUUGAUCGAGUCACAGAGGUACGAGGCUUCAGUGAUCCACAGAAGGAGGAAUACUUUAGGAAGAGAAUCAGUAAUAAGAGUCUGUCGGAUCAAAUCAUCUCACAUCUGAAGUCAUCCAGAAGUCUUUACAUCAUGUGUCACAUCCCAGUGUUCUGCUGGAUUUCAGUCACUGUUCUAAAGAGUAUGUUGAGUGAAACCAAGAGAAGAGAGAUCCCCAAGACUCUCACUCAAAUGUACACACACUUCCUAAAAAUUCAGACGAACAUCAAAAAUCUUAAGGACUAUGAGAAGAAAAUAAAGGAUGAAGACAUGAUCUUUAAACUGGGCAAACUGGCGUUUGAGCAGCUUGUGAAAGGUAAUCUGAUCUUCUAUGAUGAAGACUUGAGAGAGUGUGGUAUUGAUGGAGCAGAAGCAUCGGUGUACUCAGGAUUGUGUACUCAGAUCUUCAGAGAGGAGUUUGGUUUGUACCAUGUGAAGGUUUACUGCUUUGUUCAUCUGAGCAUCCAGGAACAUCUAGCAGCUCUUUAUGCUCACAUAUCCUUCUCAAACGACAACAGAAAUGUUUUUAAUAAAAACAGUAUUACAUUUCAAAGAGAGAAGGCAUCAAUACCUAAAUUUCACCAGAGAGCUAUAGAUGAGGCUCUACAAAGUGAAAAUGGACAUUUAGAUCUUUUCCUUCGUUUUCUUCUGGGUUUGUCACUGGAGUCGAAUCAGAAUCUCGUACGAGCUUUGAUGGCACAGACACAUCACAGCUCUCACAGCAAUGAGAAAACAAUUGAGUAUAUCAAGAAGAAGAUCAGGAGCACUCAAUCUCCAGAGAAAUCCAUCAAUCUGUUUCACUGUCUGAAUGAACUGGGUGAUCAUUCACUAGUGGAGGAAAUCCAACAUCAUCUGAAAUCUAAGAAAUUAAGUGAAACCAAACUCUCUUCAUCUCAGUGGUCAGCUGUAGUUUUUGUGUUGUUGACAUCAGAACAGAAACUGAAUGAGUUUAAUCUGAAGGAUUUUGUUAAAGGAGAAAACAAAACUGAAACGCUAAAAGUUCUUCAGAAGUUGUCGCCUGUGAUUUGUGAAUCCAGAUCAGUUCAGUUGAAAAGUUGUAAUAUCACAGAUGAAGGUUGUGUUGCUCUGACGUCAGCUCUGAGAUCAAACCCUUCACACCUGAGAGAUCUGGAUGUGAGCUGGAAUUAUCUAAGAGAUUCAGGAGUGAAGCUGAUCUCUGAUGUACUAAAGAAUCCUGACUGUAAACUGGAGAUACUGAGGUUGUGUAGGUGUAAUAUCACAGCUGAAGGUUGUGUUGCUCUGACGUCAGCUCUGAGAUCAAACCCAUCACACCUGACACAUCUGAAUCUGUCUGAGAAUAAACUGAGAGAUUCAGGAGUGAAGGUGAUCUCUGAUGUACUGAAGAAUCCUGACUGUAAACUGAAGAUACUGGAAUUGUGGGGUUGUAAUAUCACAGAUGAAGGUUGUGUUGCUCUGACUUCAGCUCUGAGAUCAAACCCAUCACAUCUGACACAUUUGGAUUUGUCUUAUAAUGAGGAUCUAAGAGAUUCAGGAGUGAAGCUGAUCUGUGAUGUACUGAAGAAUCCUGACUGUAAACUGGAGAUACUGGGGUUGAGGAAGUGUAAUAUUACAGAUGAAGGUUGUGUUGCUCUGACUUCAGCUCUGAGAUCAAACCCAUCACACCUGAGAGAUCUGGAUCUGAAUGAUAAUAACAAUCUAAGAGAUUCAGGAGUGAAGCUGAUCUCUGGUGCACUGAAGAAUCCUGACUGUAAACUGGAGAUACUGGAGUUGGAGCGGUGUAAAAUCUCAGAUGAAGGUUGUGUUGCUCUGUCUUCAGCUCUGAGAUCAAACCCAUCACACCUGAGAGAUCUGAAGCUGUCCGAUAAUAAACUCACAGAUUCAGGAGUGAAGCUGAUAUCUGGUGUACUGAAGAAUCCUGACUGUAAACUGGAGAUACUGGAGUUGGAACGGUGUAAAAUCACAGAUGAAGGUUGUGUUGCUCUCACUUCAGCUCUGAGAUCAAACCCAUCACACCUGAGAGAUCUGAAGCUGUCUGAUAAUGAUCUAAGAGAUUCAGGAGUGAAGCUGAUCUCUGAUGUACUGAAGAGUCCUGACUGUAAACUGGAGAAACUAGAGUUGGAGCGGUGUAAAAUCACAGAUGAAGGUUGUGUUUCUCUGAAUUCAGCUCUGAGAUCAAACCCAUCACACCUGAGAGAUCUGAAGCUGACUGGGAAUAAUCUUGGAGUUUCAGGAGUGAAGCUGAUCUCAGAUCUAAAAGAUGAUCCACAUAAUAAACUAGAGACCGUGGGGCCUUACAGAUGGUGGUAAAAAUUUAAAGAUGUCUGUCUGAUCUUCAGUAUCAUCUGAUGGUGAAUAGGAAGACACAGUAGUGACAUCACAGACACAAAUUCAACACAGACCGAAAGCACAAUAACACCUCACCAUGGGUGUCGUUAGGAAUUUUGCUAUGUUAGCUCCAUGAACUGUAUAUACACGGAUUUGUGAUUGCUUCAGUCUCCUUUAAAUUUCAUAUGAAAACAGCAGAAGGCCAGACUUUGGCUCUUGCCUCUCUUUAGUCUGCGACUUUCAGUGCGUUCAGCCCAUCUCUGCAAUCCAGUGGAAUACUCCAGAUAAGGUGGUGGAGCUAGAGAGGUGUCCAGGGUGUCCAAAUUGAAUGCGCUACUUUCACUCCCUCCAAUAAUUAUUUUCCCGUUAAUAGACAAAACUCAAUGCCAUGUUUUUAUUCUUGAAGUGAUCUUUUUAAUGUAUGAUGAAUUACUUUUUUGCCAAAAUCCUUAGUGUUAAAUAUAAGAUGCUUACAGUAGGUUUCCUGAACAAUUUUUACGAAAGUUACUGCAGUUAACAUGAGAUCUUUUGUGUCAUUAACAGAAAGUAAAUCAGAUGUAAGAAAUAGAAGUUUAAAAUUCAGCCUUACAUUAUGUUUACAUUAGUGCUAGUAAUGCAUGCAGUUAGUGUGGUCGCCAAUAGGAAUAUUUAUCUAAUGUGGAGUAAUAUGAAGUAAUCAGCAAUCAUGACAUUCAUUCAUGCUUUUUUGAUAGAGGUUGCACAUCAUUUUCUUUCAUGGACUAUGGACCGCAUAAAGUAGCAUUGGGCACCCCAUUUAAUUCUAGCUCUGCCAGUGUUUGCCUACUGUUACACUGUAUUCAAAAUUUUUUAUUCUUUUUUUGGUUGCUGAGUCAAAGUAUUUUUGUGAGUCUUGUGUUCAUUGUUGUUAAAACACUUGUACAGUUGCUUUAAAUAAAAGUGAAAUAAAUGUAAAUAUAUAAA